GAGAGAGAGAGAGAGAUGUGGGGGACAGGGGAAGAGUGAUGUGCGAUACUGCUGUAGGGUCUCACUGAUCUGCUCACUGUAGUCCAACUCCGACUCCAAGGACACUCGCGUUAAGCAGCACGCACGCGCGAGUUUGUGAAUGUGACUGUACACUAACUCAUGCUGUGUGUUCCGGUGAACACUCUGAAAGGUGUAUUCGGUUUCAGCCUCGUAAACCGAGCUCCUUUUCAUUUCUUCUUCACUGUUUGGAGCUUACCUGUUUGGUUGUCUUCGGGUUGAUUGGAACAGCAGCGACAUGGACAUACCGGACACAUCGGACACACUGGCGCGGAUCGGAACACAACACAGAGGAGCAAGCAGAAGCUCCACAAGCUUUAGGAAUAGGAGAAGAUGGACUCUUUUCCCUGUCCGAAUGAACAGUUUGCUCGCGAUCAUUAUCUUCUGCACGAAUGUGCUGUGUGUGCAGUCUUUAUCUCUGCACUUUUCCAAAGAGCCCCAGUCUCAGGAUGCGCUGCAUGGUCGCAGUGCCAUGCUGCGCUGUGAGGUCAGUGAAGCGGCUGGCGUGCGAUACUCGUGGCUGCAGGACGGCCAGCCUGUGCAGGGCUCAGAGCGGCGAUUCAUAGAGGACGGAAGCCUCAAAUUUACUGCAGUGGAUCGCCAUCUCGACACAGGCAACUUCCAAUGUGUGGCCACAAGCUUGACCUCUGGGGAGGUGGCCACAUCCACCAACGCCUCCUUCAACAUCAAGUGGCUUGACAGCGGCCCGGUGACUCUGAAAGAACCUGCCUCUGUGGAGGAGAUCGAUGAUGCUGAACAAAUCGUAUUACAGUGUCAGAUUGAUGGACACCCGAGGCCGAACAGUAAGUGGUACAAAGAUGGAGUAUUGCUAUCUGUUAAGGAGAGAAGCAUCACUCUGAGAAAUCCUGUCCCUGGAGAUUCGGGCACGUAUAGCUGCUGCGCACGCAACGGAGCCGGCCAACUCUGCAGCAACUCCAACUUCACCCUCAACAUUAUAGAUAAGACGAUUCCUCGAGUGGUGGUGGCUCCGGAGGAUCAGGUGGUGUUCAGGAAUGAAGAGGCUGUGUUUCACUGUCAGUUCUCCGCCAAACCUCCACCUGUUAUAGAAUGGCUCCACGAGUCCGAGCCUGUUAUCAACAAGCCACGGGUUAUAGUGUAUGAUAACGGCACUCUACGCAUCACUCAGGUGAAGCCUCGGAAUACAGGCCGCUACACUUGUGUGGUUCGCUAUGGAACUGAUAGGCAGGUGAAUGUAGAAGCCACUCUGCACAUCGCAGAGAUCGAAGAUAUGGGUGGCAGGUUGUUCAGGUACUUCUCUGCUAACAACAUGGAAAGGAUAUCGUGUGUCCCUCCGCAUGGUCACCCCAAGCCUGUGGUGUGGUGGGAGAAGGAUGGUGCCCGAGUGCCCACCAAGGGCCGGGUGCACCAACAGGACAUAGACCUGAUCUUUAAUCCCGCUGCGGUUGGAGACUCAGGAACGUAUGUGUGCAUGGCACAGAAUAAGGCGGGUCAGAGGCGACAGGAAGUCACCGUCACCGUGGCUGGUCCCCCGGAAUGGGUCAAUAGACCCCAGGACACUGAGAUGGAGGAGGGGCAGCCUGGGUACCUGCACUGUCGCAUCCAGGCCACGCCCCCUGCCCAGGUUACCUGGUACCGCAACAUGCAGGAGAUCAGCGAGGAGAAAUCUCAAUAUAAACUAUUCCCAAAUGGGACUUUGAGGAUAAACAGUGUGGAGGUAUACGAUGGACUGGUCUAUAACUGCGUUUGCAAGACUGCAAGUGGUAUCCUAAAUGGACAGGCCAAGGUCUACGUACUUGAGAAGCUGAAGUUCACCCCUGCUCCCCAGUCCCCUCAGUGUCUACAGCUGGAUAAAGAAGCCAACGUUCAGUGCUCUGCUACGGGACGAGAGACUCCUACUAUACACUGGACCAAAGCAGAUGGUAGCGCUAUCCCUGCUCAUGUAAAGCAAAUCAAUGGGACUCUGCAGUUUGAGAAAGUGACACGGAGUGAUGCGGGGAACUACACUUGUGUAGCCAGUAACCGUCCACAGGGAGAGAUCAGAGCCUAUGUCUCUCUUACUGUAGGAGUGUAUACAGAGUUUAAGGUGGAACCGGAGUACACUACAGUGUAUCAGGGUCACACGGCGACAAUGCACUGCCAGGCUACAGGAGAUCCACAGCCCUACAUCCAGUGGAUAGUCAAAGACAAAGCGCUGUCUGUCAGCAACACCAGAUUUCAAGAGUUGCCCAAUGGUUCUCUGAUCAUUAGUGAUGUCACUACUGCUGACACAGGAAAGUACACUUGUAUCGCUGGUAACAGCUGUGGCAUCAGACAUCGAGUUGCACAGCUCUACGUCGUAGAGAAGCCAAAGCAUGAUCGUGACAGUGAUGAGGGGAAAACACCAUAUAAGAUGAUCCAAACCAUUGGCCUGUCUGUGGGGGCAGCUGUUGCCUACAUCAUCGCCGUGCUCGGCCUUAUGUUCUACUGCAAGAAGAGACGCAAUGCCAAGAGACUGCAGAAGGGACAGGAUGGGGAAGAGCCGGAGAUGGAGUGCCUUAAUGGAGGCGCUAUGCAGCACAACGGCCAAACUACAGCUGAGAUCCAGGAAGAAGUGGCUCUUACUAAUCUAGAGACUGUGUCUACAGCUGAAAAACACCAUAGCAACACAGACAAGUUCCACUUCCCCAGAGCAGACUUACAGACCAUCACUACAUUAGGCAAAGGGGAGUUUGGUGAGGUGCUGUUGGCCAAAGCACGGGGGAUUGUGGAAGGUGAAGAACAGACUGUGGUUCUAGUGAAGAGUCUUCUGAGCAGGGACGAACUCUCGCAGGCUGAGUUCAGGCGGCAGGUUGACAUGUUCAGUAAACUGAAUCACACCAACAUUGUGCGCCUGCUUGGCCUCUGCAAAGACACAGAACCUCAUUACAUGAUCCUGGAAUAUAUAGACCUGGGCGAUCUCAAACAAUUCUUGAGGAUAUCAAGAAGCAAAGAUGAGAAUCUCAAACCGCAGCCUAUCAGUACCAAAACCAAAGUGUCCAUCUGUGCCCAAGUGGCUGCUGGGAUGGAGCAUUUGUCCAACCAGCGUUUUGUCCAUAAAGACCUGGCGACCCGGAACUGCCUAAUUAGUGGAGAGAGACAUGUCAAGAUUUCUGCACUUGGCCUGAGCAAAGACGUCUACAACAGUGAGUACUACCACUACAGGCAGAAUUGGAUCCCUUUGCGCUGGCUACCUGCAGAGUCUGUCUUUGAAAAUGACUUUUCCACCAAAUCUGAUGUGUGGGCUUUUGGCGUGCUGAUGUGGGAAGUGUUCAGCCAUGGUGAGCUGCCGUACUCCUCGCUGAGCCAUGAGGACAUACUCGAAGGCCUUCAAGCUGGCACGCUGAAGCUUUCUGCUCCUGAGGUCUGUCCUUCUAAAGUCUACAAACUGAUGAGUCGGUGCUGGGCUCCCAGUCUCAAAGAGCGGCCAUCAUUCAGUGAGCUAAUCCAGGUUCUGGGAGACAUUCCAUUGGACAGCAAGGUGUGAGGACUUCAUCUGCUCCUACUUCCAGUGUGGUGGAGCCACGGCUAUCCUGUUCUGCUCUGCUACAAUCACAGACUCACUGAGACUGGGUCCCACACAUUUCAGGGAGCAAGUGUGUAUGAGUGACAAACAGGGAUGUUGAUAUCAGGGCAAUGUAUGUGUGAGUGUGUGUGUGUGUAAGUGUGAGGACCCCAGAGGCUUCUAUCUGCCUUAACCAUGGCAUUAAAGGACAUGCUGUUGACCAUUCAAUUUCAAUGGCCUGUUUAUUCUUUUAAUCUUCAGCUCUGUCUCUUUUCUACCCUGAGUUCUCCUUCUUUAUUUCUGGAGCCUCAGAUGAUCUUCAAGGGGUACGAUCUUUGAAUUUGAUCUUUCACCUCUUCUGGCGCAGGACAAUCCAACCCCAACUGGGGCAAAACCCACGAUGUGGCUCCUGAAACAUGCUGGACUCUGCAUUCAAUGCUCAGCUAAUGGACUUGAAGUUGUUGUGCGUAUAGUUGCUUGUCAGAAUGUGUGCGUGUCCUUGUGUGUGCUUUUUUUUUGUUGUUUUUGUUGUUUUUGUUUUUUUUUAGUUUUGCAAUGUGGAACAGUGUGCAAGUUAAAUAGAGCAAAGUUUGCCAUGAAGGGAGAUGGCCUGUUACGGUUCUAAACGCCAUAAUAAAUGAAUACUUUCAGUAUAUGGUUUGUACACAUGGAAGUGCAAGGAGAGUUAGAGAUGUUUUAUUACAAUUGUUCUUUUUUUUAUUUUUAUUUUUUAUAUUUGCCUUUUUUACCUUGUGGUGCUCAUAUGGGACAAUAAUAUUUUGAUGGAGAGAACUUGCAAUACAUCUUAUUGCCUACAAGCCUAAAGCCAUGAUGAACAGUUUAUUCAAGAUUUCUGCAUAGCGAUAUUUAUAACCACCUCACUGUAUUAUUGCUUGACAAUGUCCCUGUUACAUUCAUUUAUAGCAACACCAUGCACUAAUUUCACUUAAAAUCUUGUUUUAUAUAAUAGUUUAUUGCAGUGUAGAAGGAUGUAUGUGAACCUUUAUUUAUGAGGAAGGUUCUGUCUUUUUUUAAAAUAUGUUUUUAAUGGAAAGGUACUCUGAGAUCCUUUUAUACGAUUAUGUACUCCACUCAUUAUAAUAUCUCAUUUUGCAGUUUGGAAAGUGUUGUAUUGCAGCUGAGAGUGUCAGUGGUCACCAUCAAUUUUAAGGGCCACAAGUGCCUAAGACAUGAAGGAUUAUUUACAAUGUUUCUUUUUAUUUUCAGUACAAUUGCUUUGUUUUUAUGAACUGUUUCAUAUCUAAUCUUUUUAUAUGAUAUACUGAUUCUUUUCUGUUGGCUUGUUUUAUUUCGCUGAAUAAACACAUGGUCCUUGCCUUUUUAAUAAUUA